CCCCAACUGCGGGGUGCUGGAGGGCGCAUGGAGCCGGAGGGGGAGCGGGGUGGGGAGCCCCAGACGGACCCCCGGCCCAGAACGCUCCCACGGGGCCAGGAGAGACCGAGCCCCAGAGAGGAGCGGGAGGGCCCCGUGGAGGGCAGAGACACGCGGCUGAGGGUGGUGCUAAGGGUCCGACCACUGACCUGUACGGAGACGCGGCGAGGUGACCGGCGGGUUGUGCAUAGCCUCGGUGACGGUGCGGUCCACGUGAGCGCAGCCAGGCACGAUGCCACCUUUGGGUUCAGCGCCGUGUUCGACGCCGGCGCCUCACAGGAGGCUGUGUUCGAAGGCAGCGGGAUGAGGCAGCUGGUGGAGCUGGCGAUAGAUGGCUUCUCCUGCACCGUCUUUGCCUUCGGGCAGACAGGUUCGGGGAAGACCUACACCCUGAUGGGACCCCUCACCCAGAGUGAGACCCAGCCGGCGUCCCCGGCCCUGCUGGGGCUGAUGCAGAGGUCCUUCGCCUGCCUCCUGGAGCAGAGCCGGAGCCGUGGCUCAGACCUGGCUCUCAGUGCUUCCUACCUCGAGAUCUACAACGAGCAGGUCCGGGACCUGCUGAGCCCGGGGCCGCCGUGCGCUCUGCCCCUGCGGUGGAGCAAAACCCGCGGCUUCUACGUGGAGAACCAGCUCAGUGUGGACUUCGAGAGCCUGGAGGCCAUUGUCAGCCUGCUCCUGCAAGGAUCCCAGAGGAGACGGACCUCAGCGCAUGCCCUCAACAGGCACUCGAGCCGCAGCCAUGCUCUUCUGACCAUCCACAUCCACAGCCGGGCUCCCAGCACCUGCCCCAGCAAGCAGGGCACACUGUGCUUCGUGGACCUGGCCGGCAGCGAGCGGGUGAAGGAGACCGGCUCCAGCGGGGAGCUCUCCGUGGAGGCCAACAGCAUCAACCGCAGCCUCCUGGCACUGGGACAUUGCAUCUCUCUGUUGGCCAAACCCCGAGGGAAAUGGACACACAUCCCAUACCGGGACAGCAAGCUCACCCAGCUGCUGGCCCACUCCCUGGGUGGCUCGGGCAUCACCCUAAUGGUCGCCUGCAUCUCUCCAUCCUCACGCUGCCUCUCAGAGACACUAAGUACGCUGCACUAUGCCAGCCGGGCUGGGAGGGUCACCACCAGACCCCUGGCCAACAGGGUGUCCCGGGAGAAGCUGCUGCAAACCUUGGAGGAAGAAAUCCAUGCCCUAAAGCUGGAAAACCUCUCCCUGCGCCAGCAGCUGUGCCUACCCAGGGUGCCAGUGAGGCGCACAGAGGUCCCAGGGAACCCUCCAAAAGCUUGCCUGAGCUGGGGAGACAGGUACGGCCCUGCAGGGCUGCAUCACCUCCCUCUUGAAAGGCAGCUCCCUUCGGAGGGAACGCCAGCCUGGCCCAGCCUCUACGGUCUCCUGCGGAAUUUCGUGGUGGAGAAUGAGCACAUGAGGCAGCCCCGGUUGUCUCCAGACCCCAGUGGUGACAUCCCAGAUGGCCCUUCCCACAGAGCCACCCGCAGCUCCUGUGACAGCCAGCCCCUGCUCCGGAGUGCCCACGCCCCCCAAAUUUCCCCUGGCCACUCCACAAGGCUCCGGCAGCCCAACACAACAUCUGCCUCCAUCCCCCGGCUGCCGAAGCUGCCUCCUGCCUCCAGCCGCUCCAGCUGCCCAGGGUGCCCACAGUGCUGUCCCGGGCCAGCUGAUGCUACUGUGUCCCAGGUACUGCCAGUGCCCCCCGUGCCGCAGCCGUCUCCCCGCGAGGGAAGUGCUGGUGUUCUGCCCCUCAGACAGGAGGACACAGCUCUGCCUGACUCCCAUCAGCUCCACAGGCACCCCCAGCCACACCAGGGAAAGCGGAGCCAGGGCAGAAGCAGGAGCUUGUCUCAGCAGCACCCAUUGCUUCAGGAGCUCCCAGGCCCAGAGCACGGUCCCAGCCCCGAGGGAAGGGUCAUCCCUUCAGCACCACCAUGGCCAGGAUUGCCAGAGCCCAGAGUGGGAAGAGGCACUGGACUGGCUGGCGGAGCAGAUCUGAGCAGCCACAGUCACACCGUGGAUGGGGCCAGCAGCAGGGAUCUGGCACGGGCUGGGGGGACAACCACAGCCCUUGGGGACACAGGGAUCUGGGACUACAAGGAUCACGCAGACCCGUUGGAUGGACAUACACACAGGGCUCUCCAGCCUGCACGGCACUCACAGUUUAUUUCUGUCUAGCUGGGGCUGUGCUGCCGGCGGCUCCGGGGAUCCCCCUCAGGUGCUCUCCUCCCCGGGCUGCGGGCAGUCCAGCCAGUACUGGGCGAUGGAGCGGGGAUAGCGCGGCUGCACCAGGUCCACGCGCUUGGUGCGCAGGUUGACGCGGUAGUACUUGUCUGGGAGGAAGGGGAGAUGGCUGUCAGGACUGCUCUUGGCUGUGGGGAGCUGCCAGCCCUCACUGCCAGCCCUGGGCACCUUCCCACUGUGUCCCAGUGCUUGGGGAUGUCACAGAGAGAAAGGAGCCCUCCCCCUGCCCUGGCAGCCCCAGUGCCACAUCAUUCCCAGAUUCUGCCAUGCCAGACUCACCUCCUACAAAGAAGUAGACACUCUGGAGCGUGUUGCACUUGGAGCCUGACAGCCCAUCGCUUUCGACACCCGCGGAGUCAGAGUCGUUUUGCAGCCAGCCAAACAAUCCCAAAUUCAGGGACCGCUGGCUGUUGUACCUCUUGCGCUGGCGGCGAGACUUCCUCCUCCGGGGCUGGUGGGAGGCCACGUAGAUCCUGCCGGCCAUGGCAGCAUCCAGCGGGCUGGGCACCCCUCGCCAGUCCCUGCUGAUGUACCGUGGGCCACUUGCCCCAGCUGGAAAAAGAGCAGGGGGUGAGUAAGAGAAGCAGCAGUGUAUGGGGUGAGCUGAGCCCAGCUCCAUGGAAAACUCCCAGUGCCUGCUCAGAGACCCACAGGAAUGCUCCAAAGGAUCCCCGUCUGGAAGGAUGUGUGGUGGGGAAACAGGCCAGACAGAGGUGGGAGCAGCCCCCAACCCCACUCUUGGCUGGGAUCAACCCUGUGCUGCUGAGCCCCCUUCUCUCCAUUUUUCAUUCCCCUUUCCCAGACCUGGGGCUUCCUGUGGCAUCCUCAGUUCCAGUGACAAUAAACAGUCCCCAGCAGUGAU